AUGAAGAACUUUAUCACGCUACUAUCGUUUCUCUUGAUUCUGUGCGCAACCUUUUGCCGAGGUCAUCAUUUCUUCGAACCUGGAGCGAUUCAUUUUCCAUUGCGCGAUGUGCAGCAGUCCAUCAAUUACGAAUCGUUUGCCUCGAGCCAGCGCAACACGACGGUCGGACGAUGCGAGACAGUCUCGAGGCAUCGCGUCGUUGCUCUGAAUUUGCCGAACUUGGACAUGCAGUCACCCUUGAGUCCGUAUCCGGGCUUCAUCGACAGUCACGAUGUUAGCUGUCUGAAUCUGGCCUCGAACGAAAUCAGACAGAUAGUUCCCGGCUCGUUCGAGCGACUGCCUAAUCUCGCCUAUCUCGAUCUGUCUCGCAAUCAUCUUCAGCUCUGCGACUUUUUUAAUUUCGGCAGCUCGCAUCCGAGCCUCACCACGCUGAUAAUCGAGGAUAACAGGCCACCCGCGGACAAUAUCGACAAGACCAUAAGCCGCGCCGAGUGUUUGCCGCAACUGCGCUACCUCUACGUGCGUCGCAAUUCCAUCAGAAACAUUAAGUUCUCGCUGAAAGCUGCCUUCCCAGCCCUGACGCACUUGUUUUUGUCGGACAACAGCCUCGAUAGCAACGCCUUCAUUCACCAUUUGCCGGAAAGCCUGACUCACCUGUAUCUCGAGCGCAAUUUAAUCAGCAGUCUCGACUGCAAAAUCAUGCGAGGACUGGAGACCCUUCGUCUCGAUGGCAAUAUCAUCGGCUCGAUUUGCUUACGCAGCUGUCAGGAUACGUCUCUCAAGCUCGCUGGUGUUCAUAAGCUGCGCGAGCUGUCGGUGUCGGACAAUCGGCUAAUCGACGUCGAGUCCUGCGCGUUUCAGGAGGCCACGCGUCUCGAGGUGCUGGAUUUGUCGCGCAACGAAUUGUCCAACGUCAAAGUAGAGACGUUCGACGCGUUGAUUUCGCUCUCGGAGCUCAAUCUCGACGACAAUCUGUUGAGAAGCGUGCCAAAUUUGUUCAAUAAUGUAAAAUUAACGAGUCUCUCCAUUAGGCGUAAUAAAUUGCAGGUCAUCGAGAGAAGAGAAUUGCAGAAUCUAAAAUCUCUGCGAGUUCUUCAGCUUGGUGGCAAUAGAAUUCGUAGUAUCAGUGCUGGUUCUUUCGAGGAUCUCGAUUCCCUCGCCGAACUCGAUCUCUCGAACAAUGAGUUGGACUUCAUACCCAGCGAUUUGCUCAAGUGGCAGUGGAAUUUACGGACCCUCGAUGUUCGCGGCAACCGAUUCAAGACCCUUGAACAAAUGUCGUUGUCUCAUGCUCCAGUGCUGAAUCUGAUCUACCUACAGAACAAUCCGAUUACGCACCUUAGUGGCUCGAUCCUAUCGAAGCUGGCGUCGAAUCUUGUUGUUCACCUAGAGAGCGACUGCAGUUCGAAUAAACGUCAGAACCGAGAUUGCUACGCCAAGUGCGAUCUCGAUGAAGUGAGACUGAGGAAUGCUACUUAUAGUAGAUGGAUCAACAAUCAUGGUUCAUUUAUCGACCGCCCACGUCCGCCCAUCGAGUUUCCUAUGAAAAAUAUACAAUAUUCUAUCGACAUAGAAUCAAAUUCGACAUACGAAUCCAAUUUCACUUCGAAAUUUCAAGAUUAUUACAGAAGCGAUGGUUACGUGUUGAAUCUGCCAAAUUUGAAAUUGGAGGAGGUGCCGAAUCCAUAUCCUAAUUUCAUCGAAAGUGAUCAAGUGGUAGCUGUGAAUUUGAGGAACAACGGCAUUUACAGAAUCAAGCCCGACUCAUUCGACUCGAUUCCAAGAUUGCAGUACUUGGACCUAUCGAGCAACAGAUUGGCCUUUUGCGAUUUUUUCAAUUACGGCAGUUGUCUGAGAAAUCUGAUUACUCUUGUCAUUGAAAAUAAUCAGCUACCUUCGGACAGUCUGUAUCGAGAAAUCAGCCAAGCGGGUUGCUUUCCAGAAGUUCAAAAUCUCUACCUACGAAACAAUCACAUCAAGAAGCUCAACUUCUCGCUGCGCCAAUCAUUUCCGCGGCUCGUGUCUCUCUAUCUAUCGGACAACGAGAUCGAUAACUGCAUUUUUCUUCAAGAUGUACCUGCGAGCCUGGAGCACCUAUACGUAGAGCGCAAUCGCAUCUAUGGAAUAAGCAGGUCUAUACUCUGUAAUUUGCGAACUCUGAAAGCCGACGGUAAUAUCAUACGUUCGAUAUGUUAUAAAAAAUGCGGCGAAUCAGCUCUACAACUGGUCUCGACGUCGAAGCUGCAGGUACUGUCGCUGUCUAACAACAGAAUUACCGAGAUCGAAUCUUGCGCCUUCCACGACUCGUACAAUCUCGAGAGCUUGGAUCUGUCGAGUAAUGGUUUAGAGACUUUGCACACGGCUACCCUCAUACCUCUGAGGGCGCUCAAGACGCUAAUUUUAGAUGAUAAUCAGUUGAGAAAUUGGCCGCAGUUCAAUGGCAAUUGGCAUCUGAAAAUUUUGUCGAUACGCAACAACAAGCUGCAGGAAAUACGCAAAGAACUUUUCAGCCAGGUUACGUCCUUGGAGCAGCUACUACUGGGUGGCAAUUGCAUAAAAACGAUAGCGAGCAAUACUUUCGAGGGCCUGACUUGGCUGGAAGAGCUCGAUCUGUCGCGCAACAAAAUCGAGUGCUUGCCAGCCGGCUGGAUGAAGGACUUGAAGAGCUUGAAAUCUCUGGAUCUGCGAGGCAACAAGUUUAAAUAUGUGUAUCAGUUGUCGCUCACUUGCUCGUCUCAUCUCACCGACGUGUAUCUGGAAAAUAAUAGGCUAUCUAUCGACGAUAAGGACGAAAUUCAACGAUACUUUCCUUAUGCACAGGUGCACUUGGAUAGCUGCAGCAGAAGAUGUCAGAGAGUAAGCGUACGCACUUGCGGAGCUUUGAUAUCGUGCCACUGA